GUCGGAGAUCCAAUUCCAGGCGCCGCCGAUCCAUUCAUCCAUUCAUCGCUCGCUCGCUCGCUUGCUCGCCCCCAAUCGAUUGAUCGGUGGGCGGCAUUUUGGGGGUGAAUGCCCCGGUAGGGCUUGGCAAUGGCGCCCAGGAAGGGUGUGGCGGGGGCGGCGGCGGGGAAGCAGCAAGAUCAAGGGGCGCAUUUCCGUGGCGUGAGGAAGCGGCCAUGGGGCCGGUACGCGGCGGAGAUCAGAGAUCCAUGGAAGAAGGUGAGGGUAUGGUUGGGGACGUUCGAUACUGCGGAGGAGGCGGCGCGGGCCUACGACAAUGCGGCCCGGGCAUUGCGAGGCACAAAGGCCAAGACCAAUUUCUCGACCAUGUCGCCAUCGCUCUACCCUGGCGGCGCUGGUGGCGGUGGCGGCGGCGGUGGCGGUGCUGGCAUGGGCGGCGGCGAUGAUCGCCAGAGUACCAGCCACAGCAGCACGGUGGAAUCUUACAACACGCCCACGCCAGUCGUCAGGAAGAACAAGGCGGCGGCAGUGGCGGCGGCGGCGGCGGCGGCGGUGGACACCAUGACAAUGACGAUUAACAACACGAGCAAUUGCUACACGAGUAGCUGCGGGAAUCAUCGGGCAGGGAUGGUGGAGAAUGGCGAUUUCACCAAGAACGUCAUCGCCAGCACCGUCAAGAACAGCAACAAGAGGGUGAGGAGGGUGCUGGAUUGGAUGCCCGUCACCGCCACCACCGCCGCCGCCGCCCCGCCGCUAGGCCCCCAGCACAGCGAUUGCGAUUCUUCUUCGUCGGUGGUGGACGAGGCUGAUACGAGCUCUUCUCCACGCCAGGAUCAGCAGCUCCACCACCACCAAUCUCUCUCGCUUUCCUCGUCCCGAGCUCACGGUACGCUCUUUCCUCCUCUCCUCCUCUUAGAUCUCAAUCUUCCUCCGCCUCCAGAGGCGGUGCUGGAGUGACUGAUCUGGAUUGAUUGAGAGAUUUGAGAGAAAAGAGAGAGAGAUAGCUCCUAUUUGUUUGUACAUUCUUUGUUCCUUUUUUUUUUCUUGCUGGGCAACCGCCAUAGAUCUUCCAGCCAGCCAGCCACACACUCAA